AGAGCACGGAUCCUCCAGCGGAGUGAGUGGAGAGAGAGAGAGAGAGAGGGGGAGAGAGCACUGGGAGAAGAAGAGGAAGGAAAAAAAGAAAGCUAGUUAGCCAGAUAGCUGGAUGAAAUAGGCAGCUUUUGCACAGAAGUCAUUUAUAAUUUAAAGCUUUUGCAGCCUCUCUCUGUUCCCGUUGAAGCAAGCAGCUCCAUCAGCAGCGAGGUUAACUGAAAUUGAACAAUGGAUAUCUAUGACCCCCAGACCCUUGGGAUCAUGGUGUUUGGUGGAUUCAUGGUGAUCUCUGCUGUCGGGAUUGCCCUUGUCUCCACCUUCUCCAUGAAGGAGACUUCCUAUGAGGAGGCCCUGGCUAAACAACGCAGAGAGUUGGGUAAGCCGCAGUCCGCUCGCACUGAGAAAAAGAAGAAGGACAAAGUAUCUGAGAAGAAGAGCCGUGGAAAGAAGAAAGAAGAAAAGCCCAAUGGAAAGAUCCCAGAGCCUGACAACAUUCAAGAGGAAGCUGAAUCCGACACAGUCAUUGAGCCUGCUGUUGCCCCAGUUGUAGCUGCUGCUCCUGCUCCUGCCCCUGAGCCUGUCCCUGCUUUGGAGGUUAAACCUACUGCAGCCCCAGAGCCAGCAGACACUCAACCCAAGACUGCAGCUGAACCAAGCCCUGCCCUCACCGAGCCCUCUCCCGCUCCCUCACCUAAAGAGAAAAAGAAGAAAAAGGUGGCCAAGGUCGAGCCAGCCUCUACCCAAUCAGCUCCACUCAUGGCAGCCCCUGCACCAGUCAAGUCCUCUUUGGCCCCUGCAUCAACCCAGGCCCCUGUGCCUGCUCCGACUAAAGCAACCCCUGCAUCAGCCAAGUCUGCCCCUGCCCCUGCGUCAGCUAAAUCUGCCCCUGCAUCCGCUAAGUCUGCCCCUGCCCCUCCACUUGCAUCAGCUAAGUCGGCUGCUGCAUCAGCUAAGUCGGCUCCUGCCCCAGCCAAGUCUGCCCCUGCCCCAGCCCCUGCCCCAGCCAAGUCUGCCCCUGCCCCAGCCAAGUCUGCCCCUGCGCCAGCCAAGUCUGCUGCAGCCCCGGCCAAGUCUUCACCAGCUCCAUCCAAGACUGCCCCUGUGCUGGAGGCUGUCACUAAAGAUGUCCCAGUGAUGGCAGUGCCCCCGGUGGGAUCUCAGCAAGCUACCGCUGUUGCAGGAAAAGCACAGGAGCCCAAGAAGAAGGCCUCCAAGAAAAAGGCUGAGCCAGUUCCAGCGGUGGAUUCUGCUGAUGCUCCACUGUACCUGCCCUACAAGGCUCUGGUGUCCACCAUCAGUAGCAUGGUGUUCAGUGAGGGAGAGGCUCAUAGGCUGAUCGAGAUCCUGUCUGAGAAAAUCGGCAUCAUUCAGGACACCUGGCACAUGGCCACUCAGAAAGGAGACCCAGUGGCCAUGCUGAAGAAACAACUGGAGGAGAGGGAGAAACAGCUGGCAGCAGAACAAGAGGACGCUACUGCAGCAAAGAACCGCCUCAGAGAACUCACCAAGGAGCUGUCUGCUGAGAAGUCCAAGGUGACCAGUGUGGAGACGAGGCUGAGUUCUCAGCUGAGUAAGCGAGAGCAAGAAAUGAUUGCUCUGCAAGCUCGCAUGCAGGCCAGUUACCAGGACCAUGUAACCCAGACCCAGGGGCUCAAUGCAAAGAUCCUCAGCCUGCAGGACCAGCUGGAAAAAGGCCCCAAUGCCCAGCUGGCCCGUCUACAGCAGGAGAACUCCAUUCUCCGCGAUGCCCUUAACCAAGCCACUAGUCAGGCUGAGAGCAAACAAAAUGCGGAGCUGGCCAAGCUGCGUCAGGAAUGCACAAAGUUAACCAAGGAACUUGGAGAGAAGACAGAGAGUCUGCUCGCUGAUGAGCACAUCAGGAAAGGGCUGGAGGCCAAGGUCUCCGCUACUGAGAAGCAACUCUCCCUGCUGCAGGCCAGCCAUUCGGAGAGCGAGCAGGCGUUACAGAGGAGAUUGGAGGAGGUGUGCGAGGAGCUCAGAACAACACAGAGUAAAAACGGCAGCCUGCAGGCGUCUUUGGACAAGACCCAGCAGGAUAGCAGCACACUGUCAGAGUUUCAGGUGCGUAUUGAGAGAUUGGAAGCCGAGAUCAGGGAUCGCUCUACUCAGGUGGAAGCCCUCACUGCGCAGCUGGAGGAGACACAGGCAGAGAAAAGCCAGCUUGUACAGCAGGUGGCCUCUAUCAACUCACUGCUGGAGGCCAGUCAAACCAAAAAGGAGGAGGAGCAGGACAAUCAGGGGAAUGCUGCAGAACUGGAACAGCUAAAGCUCAGCCUUCAGGCGAGAGACAACCAGCUGAGCACACUUCAGGAUGAACUGAAGCAACUGCAGGUGAAGCAGGAAGCUGCUGAGAACACUAUUGUUGAGCUAGAGCAAAGAAACAAGAGCGGGGAUACCAGCCUCAUCACAUCACUUCAGGAUGAACUCAAAAACCUCAAAGAAGAGAUGGUGCAACUUAAAAACACACCACAGUCGGAUGACUCCGCAGAGCUCGGACUACUACAGAACAGUCUGACUGAGAAGGAUGCCCUUGUCACAUCACUACAAGAGGAGCUGAGAGAAGUGAGAGAAAAGGCGACCAUUGAUGCAAACGCUGUAGCAAAACUGACAGCUUUUCAAACUGAAACCAAAGAAAAUCUCCAGACACUCUUCCCACAGAUACCUGUCGAGACAGAGCAGUCCAACUGGUUACAAGUAUUCACACAGAAAGCUCAGGAGGCUCUCAGCCAGCAGAGCCAGGAGUCUCAGUCAAACACAGCAGCAUUACCUGAGUUGCUGGAGAAACUGAAGGAGGCUGAGGAGAGCCAUGGCUCACUGCAGACUGAAUGUGACCAGUACAGGACAGUCCUGGCUGAAACCGAAGGAAUGCUGAAACAUCUGCAGAAUAGUGUGGAGGAAGAAGAGCUAGUAUGGAAAGCCAAGAUGGCUAACACAGAGGAACAGCUGAGGGUGGCUUUGGAGAAGGCCAGCAAACUGGAGGCAGAAAACCAAAGUGUGGAACAGUUGAAGGAGCAGAUGAUGCUUAUGGAAGCUCAGCUGGAGAAGCAAUCAGACAACCAGGAGGCCUCAGAGGAGAUGGAGCAGCUGAAGCUGCAGCUGUCAGAGUGUCAGAGCCAGCUGGAUGUGGCCCAGAAGGAGGCCCAGGCACACAAGGAGGAGCUUGAACAGGUCAGAGAGCAGCUGGGCGAGAUCACGAUGCGGGCUCAACAAGAACAGAAUGGCCCCACUGACGCCCAACCCAGUCAGGUCCAGAACGAGUUGAGUCAGACAGCUGAGAAGCUGCACGGGGAGGUGGCUCAGAGGCAGCAGCUCUCAGAAGAGUUUGAGCAGGCCCAGAAGACUAUAACAGAACUUCAGGCUCAGCUGGUUUCUGCAGAAUCACCACAAGCUGACACAGAAGAUGUUGCUCAGCUUAAGGAGCGCCUAGAUAAGGAGAAGAAGCUGUCCAAAGACCUGGGCCAGGCAGCCACUAAGCUCCAGCAGCUUCUCAAAGCCACUCAGGAGCAGCUGACCAAAGAGAGAGACACCGUGAGAACACUACAGGAGCACCUGGAGGGCAAGGAAGAAUACGUGGAGCUGAAGGAAGGAACGUCCGUCUGAGAGGAAGUUUACCGCAGACACUACAAAAAAAAGCCAAAUAUGCCUUAUGAUUACCUUAGUUAUGCAUUCCAAAACUAUUUCUUUCUUGUACUGUAGUUGAUUGCAUUUGUUGCAACUGUAGGAAUCAAAUGUUUUGAUAUUAUGAACAUUUCAAAGUAAGAUUAGAGGAGCGAAUCCUGCUACAAUCUUUAUUGAAACCCACAUUCCAUCAACAAUUCUGGCUAUGUCAGAAGUUAUUUAUCCCCCCUGCCUUAUAUUUCAAAAGAUUCCCCAUAGUUCAGUGUUAAAAAGGGAAACCGAUUGUACGUCAGACGUACAUCAACCUGUGCAAUUACUUUGUAUGUCUUUUCUAUGUGGUUGAGUGAUGGGAACAUUUUAUGGUUCAAUGUUUCACUACCUUUUAGAGCCUGCUUUCCUCUGUAGCUGGCUGCCAAUAACACACAUCGAAUUUGUAUGAAUGAAUAAACUACAGUGUAGCUCUAUGUAAUUCCUCUAA